ACACCAGAAGCCUCCCUUCAGAGAACAUAUAUCCUCCAUUCUCCUAUGGCUGUUCACUUCCACUUCAUGGAUAACGUCGCUCUAACGUUCCAUAUCUCUGGCAGAAAUCCUCCCUUGCCUCCUGCAACGGAAGCCGAGCUCCGUCAGUUCUUCAUGCAGUUCGACGUCAACAAAGACAAGCAGCUUUGCAAGGAAGAGCUCAAGAGAGCAUUCAACAGCCUGGGCGCCGUCAUCCCAGGUUACAGGGCCCGCCGCGGCCUCGGCCUCGCGGAUGCCGACGGCGACGGGAAAGUGGACGUCGUUAACGAACUCGAUCAUCUCGUUAGAUAUGCUUUGAGGCUCGGCUACUCCGUCAAAAAUUAAUGAUAAUGAUACGUAUGGCGCGUUUGGCUUCUGUUUUUCUUUAAUGGUACUUGUAAUGUGUGUACUAUGUUUGUUUUAAGUUUUAACAAACGAGUCCCUGUAGUACGUACCUACUAUUGCCUUUUGCCGCGUGUAAUAUGUAGUCAACUAAUUAGCGUGUAUAUAUAUAGGCAAAAUUCAUCCGUAUAGCCAAAUUUUUCACGUUUGUGACAAUAAUAGGCACUUUUGUGG